CAAUCACAUGUGAGCUUUAGGCAUAAAGCAGGAGGUCAUGUUGUUGUUUGGUAAGGCAGUGAGAGAGGAAGCAUAGGCUCACAUGGUAAGCAGAAGCAGCAGCCGCCACCGCAGCAGCAGCAGCAGGUUGUUUCAUGUUCCUGUUUGUGUUUUUGUUACGUGCGUGCUGACUUUCAGUUUUGGUUAGGAAUAAAUGUCUUGUUCCGCAUUCAGGUGUCGUUUUGUUUUUCAUCACGAGCUCCUGAUCAAAGCGGUUGUUUCUGUCUGUCUAGAUGGCACUUGGGCUCGUUUCCAUCAUAUUUGCUGCCAUCUCUGUGGCCUACUGCUAUCCCACCGCCUUCCAACACCUGGAGGAUAAUGGCAGUAAGUAUAAAAGGGUUCAUAAUCUUUAAAAUGGAGAUUUUUGCCUCCACAUGGUCUAACUUCUUCAUACUUUUACUUUCAGCAAACAGAACCUCCAUUAAGUUCCUGGCUGUAGGAGACUGGGGUGGAGUACCUUAUCCCCCCUAUAUCACCGCUGUGCAGAAGGCUACUGCUCGAGAGAUGAGCAGAGUGGCAGAGCAGAUGGGAGCUGAUUUUAUUCUGGCCCUGGGUGAUAACUUCUACUUCAAAGGUGUGAACAGUGUGGACUCCCCUCGCUUCAAGGUGGGUUCAGUACAAUUGAUGUUUUCAGGAGUUACAUGUGAAGUGUCCUCAUGCUUUUUCUUUAAAACCCUUUUACAGGAGACUUUUGAGUCCGUGUACACAGCAAAGUCUCUCCAAGUGCCCUGGUAUGUGCUCGCUGGAAAUCAUGACCACGCAGGCAGCGUCAAAGCCCAGAUCGAGUACAGCCAAAAAUCAGACCGAUGGUACAGAACACAUUUAACAUUUCCUAAAACCAGCGUAUGAAGCUUAAAUCUUGCUUUAUGUUCAAUGACAACUUUUCUGUUGGUUAUCAUUUUAGGAAGUUUCCGUCUUACUACUAUGAGCUAAACUUCCACAUCCCCAACACAGAGGAAACUCUAACAAUCAUCAUGCUUGACACCAUAAUGCUGUGCGGGAACUCUAAUGACUUCUUGGAUGAGAAGCCAAGGGGACCCUUGAGUGCCGUCGCUGCCAACCGUCAGCUGGUGUGGCUGCAGGAGAGGCUGGAGAAGAACAAAGCAGACUUCCUCUUGGUGGCCGGUCACUACCCUGUGUGGUCUGUGUCCGAACACGGUCCCACUGAGUGUCUCCUACAAAGGCUUUAUCCUCUGCUCAACAAAUACAACGCCACUGCUUACUUCUGCGGUCAUGACCACAACCUACAGGUGAGUUCAUUUCGAUGUGUGUUACACUCUCAGUGCAUCUCUAUCCUUAUUUCCAUCUUUUCUCUUCGUCUUUUCAGUACAUUGAGGAGUCCGGUGUGGGCUAUGUGGUGAGUGGUGCUGGAAACUUCCUGGAUCCUGAUGUCCGUCACUGGAGCCAUGUUCCCAAAGGUUCUGUGAAGUUCUUCACUGGCCAAGCCUCAACAUUCGGAGGCUUUGUGCAUGCAGAAGUCACAAAGAGCCACAUGAUCCUGACCUACUACCAGGCCAAAGGCACUUCUCUCUACCGCACUGUCCUCUCCAAAAGGAACUUUGAGUAGGAAAAAUAUUUUUGCUUGUUUUGUUCAGUUUUUUUUUAACUUGGCAUUGAUUUUCAAAGCAAGUGAUUGAUGCAUGUUUUUUAAAAAAUAAUCAAGAAGUUUUAAGAGUAUAGUUAUUGUAUGAAAAGAAUAAAUUGUUUGUACCGAA